ACUCACAUCACUAAUCUUCUUGUUUCUUAAGUCGAAAACCUUUUUUUUUAUUUCUUUCGCGCAAACACUUGCCGUACAAUAAUGGUGGCGCCUUCUUUAAGCGAAGAUACUGCCAAGGCCGUUCUUCGUCAAGUAGAGUUCUACUUCAGUGAUAGCAAUGUUCCGAGAGAUCACUUUCUGAGGAAGAAAAUCAGCGAAAAUGAUGAUGGCAUGGUUAGUUUAGCAUUGAUUUGUUCGUUUUCAAAGAUGAGAGGCCAUUUGAGUUUAAGGAAUGUGAAGGCGGAAGAUGUACCAGAGGCUACUUUAAAAGCAGUUGCUGAAACUCUCAGAACUUCAUCUUCCCUCAAGGUUUCUGAAGAUGGGACGAAAGUUGGCAGAGCCACUGCUCUAUUAGAGCCCGAAGAAUUGAUUGAGCAAUUAGACAGUAGAACAAUUGCUGCAUCACCAUUCGAAUAUAAUGUCAAGAUGGAAGAUGUACAAGCCUUUUUUGACCAAUAUGCUAAGGUUAAUAGUGUGAGGUUACCUCGUCAUGUAGCAAACAAAAAGUGUUUUUGUGGCACUGCUUUGAUUGAAUUCUCGGACGAGGAAGAUGCACAAAAGGUUUUGAAGCAAAGCUUGGUUUUUGCCGGAGCUGAAUUGGAAUUGAAACCAAAGAAGGAUUUUGAUGCUACAAGAGAAGAAGAUGCAGAGCAGUUUGAGGGUAAUCAUCCAGUCUCAGGUUCAAAUGGCGAUAACCAGCCGAAUGCUGAUGACAAUUACCCCAAAGGUUUGGUUGUUGCAUUUACAUUGAAGAAAAUUUCAUCUGGGGACUCUGCAGAACAAAAUGCUUCUGAUGAACUUGCAAAGGAAGGUGGGACUGAAAAGAGUGAAGAGAAGACUAGAACAAAUGUCAAAGAUAAUGAAGAAAAGAUUGAUGAUAAACAUGUUAGUAAAGAAACAGACAUCAAAAGUCCCGUUCCAAAGGAUGAGGAUACAAAACAUAAAUCCAUUGCAUCUGCUUUUAAAGAUGAUCAGAAUGUUGUUACACGCGAAGAUUUGAAGGAAGCCUUGAAAAGAUUUGGCACUGUGAAGUAUGUCGACUUUAAAAUGGGUGAGGAUAAGGGUUACAUUCGGUUUGAUACACCAGAAGCAGCCCAGAAAGCUCGGGCUGCUGCUGUCCUGGCUAAAGAAGGUGGUCUGGUUGUCAAAAAUGUCAUUGCCACUUUAGAACCUGUGACUGGUAAUGCUGAGAAAGAAUAUUGGGGUCUAUUCCGCCGUUGUAGCCAAGAAAAGUUUUGUGGAAACAAGCGCUUUCAAGGAAGGGGAGGAGGAAAGCACUACAGAGGCGGAAAACGAGGUCGGGGAAGAGAAAAUCAUUCACCAAACAAAGCUGUAAGAACUUGAGCAGGGUGAGAGCGAUCGAUCAAUGGAUGUAAUGGAUUUUGAGAUCAUUUUUGUAUCACAACUUGAGGAUU